AUGCUCAUCCAAAAGCUUCCAAACGAGCUGGUUGACCAGAUCAUCUCUUGGUGCCUAUCCGCCGAGUGGGACCACGAUGUCAAACUUCGAACUCACAUGGAUUACAAGACGGCUCUCAGUCUUAUGCUGACUAGUAAAACCAUCAACAAGCUUGUCAAACCCAUCCUCUAUGAGCAUGUCACACUCAAGUCUUGUAUCAGCUCAGACGUUGAACGGGGGUUUCCAGCUCUCGAGUCUUGUGGCGACCUUGUGGGUUCUUUUGAUUUUACUCUCGAUAUGACAGCUGGUAUCCGUGUGGUAUCUAGGACUUUGUUUUUGGCAGCUACGAUUCUUGAGAAGCUUCCCAAUCUGCGAAAACUACACAUCCCAUCCAUAUUUUUUGGGUAUCAUCAUAAUUGGCCCUCUAACCGAGAUACUCUGGUAAAGCUAGAGAUCGAUAAAAUCUGCCAUUCUUUCACAGCUUCGCAUCUUCUCCACCUUCUAUCAUAUCGGAACCUUCGGUUUUUGCGUCUCAAACAAGGGAGCUGCCUCACUUACAAUGAUAAUGAUCUCACGGAACCGCUCUUUCAAAAUACGAUACUCGAAUCAAUCGAGAUUGGAGGACCUGAUAUGAUAUGUGAAGUAUCACCACUUAUUGCAGCGAUACUCGCACGAUGCAAAAACUUGAAGGCCGUACGCUGGUACUAUUAUCUCCUUGCGCUAUCGCGUGAUGAGACAACCGGCGCAGGCAUCAGUAUGUCACAAAUACUCGAACCCGUAUCACCAACACUUGAGACCUUAUAUUUGCAUCCGAUGAUGAAGGAUGAAGCUUAUAGCCUUUUCUGGUGGCGAGACAUAGCACAAAGCCUUGAUCUGAGCGAGUUUACCGCACUUCGACAUCUUGCCGUCAACUCAAUGUUCUUUCUACCCCUCGGAGCUGUAUCUUUGUCAGCUCCCACCCCAGGCUUCUACAAACAUCUCCCCAAAUCACUCGAGACCCUCAAUGUAAGUCCAAAAACAAGAUCGAAAAUAUAAACACCCAAAAGCUAACAUUUCUUCAGUUAUAUUUCGGCCGCGACCAAUGCGACACCUUCCUAGAGUCGAAAGUUAUCGAGGAAAUCCAAAAGCGGGGACUUCCAGAAGAUGCGGAAAUCUCUUCCGAGGUCGUGAAGUAUGUAGAAGAACAAUUUCGAUGGGCGGCCGAGCUUGUGGAACAGAAGGCUUUGGGAAACUUCGCUCUGGAGACCAUCACGCUCAUCGGUCCUCCUUUCCCGGAUCCUGGUACAAAUCCAGCUCUAACGAGUGUACCACGUCCAACACACUUGGAACCGAUUUUCUCAGCUUGCAAAAGCGUAGGAAUUAGGGUUAACUUUUGCAUGUGUCUUGAUGAGGGCUCAAUAUGA